GCCGCCGAGGGACCGGGCAGGGCCGGUGCCGGCAGUGUCAUGGCGGCGCCGCUGCGGGACCGGCUGAGUUUCCUGAGCCGGCUGCCGGUGUUGCUGCGGGGCACGGCUGACGACGACACGCCGUGCCCCGGGUACCUGUUCGAGGAGAUCGCCAAGAUCUCCCACGAGUCCCCCGGCAGCAGCCAGUGCCUGCUGGAGCACCUCCUCACGCGGCUGCAGAGCAGCUCCUGCCACGUCAAGCUGAAGGUGCUGAAGAUCCUGCUGCACACCUGCUCGCAGGGCUCGCCCCAGUUCGUGCUGCAGCUGAAGAGGAACGCCAGCUUCAUCCGGGAGGCGGCGGUGUUCUCCGGGCCCCCAGACCCCCUCCACGGCAACAGCCUGAACCAGAAGGUGCGGGCGGCCGCGCAGGACCUGGCCAGCGUUCUGUUCUCGGAUGCGCCGCUGCCGCAGCCCCUGGCGCUGCCCGCCCGGCCCCCGGCCCCCGCCGGGAUGGGCUCCAGCCCCAGCCCCUGUGGCUCCCUGCAGGGAUUCGGCUUCAGCGGUGACAAGAGCGGCUCCGCUUCCCCAGGAGAGGCCCUGCUGAGCAGCCUGCAGCGGGCGGCCGAGGCCGUGGCCCAGGCCGUGCUCCCGGCGCCGGGGGGGCCCCGGCGGCUCCAUGGGGACCUCCCCGAGGACACCUACGAGCCCGUCCGAGCUCCGUCCCCCGCCGGCGGCCCGGCCCUGCCGCCCCCCGCUCCUCCCGCGCCGCGUGCGUCCCGAGCGAGCCACCAGCCGGGGCUGCCCGGGGGCGGCUGGGAGGAGGCCGACAGCGGGCACAGCUCCCGGGAAUCCUCGCAGGGCCACGAGCGGAGCCGCGCCUCGGACUCGGGCAGCAAAUCCGGCAGCGACAGCCGCUCCGGGGCCAGCCGCGAGCUGAGCCACGGGGCUGACAGCAGGGCAGACGCCGACAGCCCGGGUGACUGUCGGAGGGAGCUGAGCCUGGUGUCGGGACUGACGCGCGGGGCCAGGGUCUUCCUCACCAGGGAGGAAGCUCAGCACUUCCUCAAGGAGUGUGGGCUCCUGAACUGUGAGGUGGUGCUGGAGCUGCUGGGCCGGGCGCUGGAGGAGCCCAGUGACAGCGUCCGCAUGAGGUCCAUGUGUGCCAUCUCUGCCCUCGGCUGCUCCGACCUGCUGUCCCCAGAGCAGAUCUUUGCCGUGACCCGGCAGCGCCUGCAGCAGCUCAGCCAAGGCAGCCCUGGGCCUGUGGCCAACCGAGCGACAAAGAUGCUGCGGCAGUUCGAGGCGCUGUGCCGGGCCCAGCCCACCCCGAGGUCCCCCCGCCCUCCCUCGGCCCCCUCAGCCCCCUCGGCCGGGGACCUGCUCAUGGACAUCCCUGCCGCGGCCAGCGAGAGCUUCCUGACCCCCCUGAGCCCGGCCCCGACCCCCGCGGCCCCCGCCGAGGAGCCGGGGCUGCCGCCGGAGCCGCCCGGGGCCGCGGUGCCACCCUGUCCCUGCGAGCAGGACGGGGACAGCAGGCUGGCGGGGGACACGGCGGCCCCCAGCCUGUCCCUGUUCGCCGGCAUGGAGCUGCUGGCCCGGCCUGGCACGCUGCUCCGGCCGCGCUCGCCGCCAGCGGAGCCACGGGCGGCCCGGGACGGGGACACGGAGGGCGCCCCGCAGCCAUCGGCCUUCGCCUUCCUCAACGUGUAGCUGCCGUGGGGCCCCGGGGCUGCGGGGGCUCUGCCCCCCUCCCUGCGGGGCCUGCGCUGUCCCGGUGCCUCGGGGGACACGGUCUGCGAUGGCCAGCGGGUGACAGCGUCCCCUCGCCGUGCGGAGGGGCACGGCCGCCGCUCCUGUGAG